CGGCCGCCCCUUGCCCUCCGCAUCUCGUGGCUCGUCGCCGACGGUUGCCUCGCACGGCGCGCACCUCGCUCAGCGAGUCUGCCGAACCCGAGUUGUCGGUCAGUUGUCGCUCCGCACGGACCCCUCUCCAAUCACGUCGACCGGCUCCACCUCGUUCAGCCCCGAGCGGCACACAUCCUCCCUCGCCUCGACCAUGUCGCACGAAUCGUCGCAACCGGCCGACGCCGGACCCGACUCGUCGAGAGCGCCCGCGCCUUCGUCGCUCGCCGACUCGCCCUUGUCGCCCGCGCAGCAGCAGUGCCUCACGCCGCCGAGCGUACGCCGUCGCGAGGCCCGCAUUGCGCGCUGCAUGGUCGCCGCCGGAGCGCGAGCCGAAGCUCGGCGCGCCGCAGAAGGAGGUGGACGAGCAGGAGAGCGAGCAGGGUCCGAGGACGAGGCGCGGCUCGGCUACGCCGCCGACGAGGUCGAGGCGCGCAGGGUCGGGAGACGGGAGGCGGCGUGGCAGGGCUACGAGGCCGAAGCGGCGGCGUACGGCGGGCCGCAGGUGGGCGAGGGUCCGAGCGCGCUCGUGCGCCCGGACGGCACGCUCGACUGGGCUCAGCUCGACGCCGUCGCCACGGCCGACUCGGCCAACUACGCUGCCGACGUCGUCGGUGACGGCAUGCUCGCUCUCGGGCAGGCCGCCGACGAGCACGUGCAGACGACGCUCGGCUCGCUCGACGGUCUAGCAACCUUCCCGCCCCGUCAGCCAUGCGCGACCCUCCCCUCGCUUCCCGCCACCCUCGCAACGACGACGCAGCCGCCACUUGACGUGCUGCCGCUCGUCCUCGGCGCGCUGUACGUCGCAGCUCGCGCCCUUGGCCUCGGCAGUCGCCGCGCCGCCACGGCCAACCCGUCCACUGCGAGCGACAAGACGCGGCGGUCGGACGACGAGCACGCUCGGCGGGAGUGAACGUUCCUGUCGAGCUCUGCUGCCCUUUGUCUCUGCGAGCGAGCCCGCCCUCCCUCGCCCUCGAGCCGGUUCUCCCUUCUCUUUUGUACCCUCUUCCUCGUCCCCUUGUCGUGCCGUAGCUUUCCUUUGCUUCCUCCUGUAGCGUUAGACGACCUGACACGAUGCGAGAGUCCCUCAGCUUC